AUGGGAAUUGGAUUCAGUGCAUCACUUGCUCUGCACUUAGCUGAGGAGGACCAGGAAGAACAGGAGAGGGCAGCUCGUGAUGUAAGAUGGCACAGAAGGCGGACGGUCAGAUCCCGCCGGUACCCAACACAUCGGGUGUAUCGUCCCAGACAAAGCUACCUGGGAAUGACUGAGGAACAGUGCCUCCAGAGGCUCAGGCUUAGCCGGGAGGCUGUGACAGAACUGUGUCAUCUAUUAAAUGGAGACCUGCAAACUCAAUCAACUAUCAGUACAGCCCUGCCAGUGGCUGUGAAAGUCACAACAGCCCUGAACUUCUAUGCUUUAGGGUCAUUUCAGGCAAGCACUGGUAACGUAUGCAGUGUCAGUCAGUUUGCUGUACACAGAUCCAUCACAGAGGUGACAGAUGCCUUAUUCUGCCGGGCUGACAAUUUCAUUUCUUUCCCUAUAGAUCAACAGCAUCAGCAGCAAAGGGCAACACAUUUCUACAGGUUUGCUGGCUUCCCAAGAGUACAGGGAGUCAUUGACUGCAUGCGAGUUGCCAUUCGGGCACCCGUACAUGACGCAAUGGCCUAUAUGAAUCAUAAGGGCUUUUACUCCAUCAAUGUGCAGUUGGUUUGUGACCACCAGCACAGAAUUAUGCAGGUCAAUGCCCAUUUCCCAGGAAGCUCACACAGUGCCUUUAUUUUAAGGCAAUCCUCAGUGCCAGCAUUAUUUGAAGGAGAAGGAAGCCUGGAAGGUUGGCUGUUGGGUGACAAAGAGUACCCUCUCCAACCAUGGCUAAUGACACCUUUGAGACACCCACAAACAGAAGCAGAGCUUAGGUACAAUGAGGCACAUUCAAAAACCAGGAUUACUGUUGAACAUACAAUCGGGAUUUUGAAGCAGCGCUUUCGAUGCCUAGACCGUUCAAGGGGUGCCUUACAGUACAGUCCCCACAAGGUCUCAAGAAUGAUCAUUGCCUGUUGUAUACUGCACAACUUUGCUCUCCAAAGAGGCCUCACCAUGGUGGAAGAACAGAGUGCAGAACCAAUGGCAGAGCAAGAAACUGAGAGUGAUGACGAAGAACCAGUUGAAGAACCAACAGUCCACCAAGGAAGACUGGUGCGGCAGGCACUAAUACUUGAUGCCUUUGAAUAA